CUUCUCCUGUGCCAUCUCAGGCACAAAGCGGAAGUUGUAAUGUAACUAUCCGACUCCUUUUGGAUUUGCUCUCGGAAAAAGCCAGCCAGUUUGUACAUAAAGUAAGAGGGGGAGGAAAUUUGGGAAAACCCUUCUGACUUUCUUUUUUUUUUUUUUUUUUCUUGGACUGCUGACGCGUCCACCGGCUAACGUUAGGUGCUAGGUGCUGGAGCACCCUGGACUCAAACCCUCCCAAGCCUCCACCAUGUUCCUCCACUUUCUACUUUUAGGGGCCUUUGUUUUCCAGGCUGAAUGUUACUUUUCGGAGGAAAUGUAUCCAGAGGAGUCGAAGAUGCAGCCUCCUACGGUGGUUAUCGCUAUCCUAGCCCGGAACACUGCGCACUCCCUGCCGUACUACCUCGGAGCUCUGGAGAGACUCAACUACCCCAAAGAUCGCAUCUCUGUGUGGGCAGCCACGGAUCACAAUACAGAUAACACCACGGCCAUACUGAAAGAGUGGCUUACUGUCAUGCAGAAGUUCUACCAUUAUGUUGAGUGGAGACCAAUGGACCAGCCCACGUCCUAUGCAGGAGAGUUGGGUCCUAAGCACUGGCCUAACAGCAGAUAUGAGUAUGUGAUGAAGCUGAAGCAGGCGGCGCUCAACUUUGCCAGGAAACGCUGGGCCGAUUACAUCCUGUACGCUGACAGUGACAAUAUCCUCACCAACCCAGACACACUCAACCUGAUGAUAGCAGAGAACAAGUCAGUCAUCGCUCCCAUGUUAGACUCUCAGGGAGCGUACUCCAACUACUGGUGCGGCAUCACUCCACAGGGCUAUUAUCGUCGAACGGCAGAGUAUUUCCCCACCCGUCACCGUCACAGAACAGGCUGCUUCCCUGUGCCCAUGGUCCACUCCACUAUUCUGCUGGAUUUAAGGAAGGAAGGCAUGAAGAAACUGGCCUUCUACCCUCCUCACGAAGACUACUCGUGGCCCUAUGAUGACAUCAUUGUGUUUGCCUUCUCCUGCCGGGCUGCAGAGGUACAAAUGUACCUGUGUAACAAGGAGCGCUACGGCUACCUGAAUGUCCCGGCCAAACCUCACCACACAUUGGAAGAUGAUCGCCUCAACUUUGUCCACGUCCACCUUGAGUCCCUGAUUGAUGGUCCUCCGAUGCACCCCUCACGAUUUGUCCAUAUGUUCCCCAAACAGAGAGACCUCAUGGGCUUCGAUGAGAUAUUUCUGAUCAAUCUGCGACGGCGUGUUGACCGUAGAGACCGGAUGUUGUUUUCUUUCAAUGAGCUGGAGAUUGACGUCAAGGUGGUGGAUGCUGUGGAUGGAAAUGCACUGAACAGCAGUGACAUCAAGAUCCUGGGUGUCGACCUGCUGCCAGGCUACUACGACCCGUUCUCUGGACGCACACUAACCAAAGGAGAGGUGGGCUGCUUCCUCAGCCACUUCUUCAUCUGGAAGGAGAUGGUGGACAUGCAGAUGGACAAGGCGCUCGUGUUUGAAGAUGAUGUUCGUUUCCAGGCCAACUUCAAGCGACGAGUCCUGAAGCUGAUGGAGGACGUUGAACGAGUGGAGCUGGACUGGGACAUCAUAUACCUCGGCAGGAAGCAGGUGAAUCCUGGAAAGGAGGAGCCGCUGGAGCACAUUCGUAACUUGGUGUUUGCCGACUACUCGUACUGGACGCUCUCGUACGCCAUCUCCCUGCAGGGAGCCCAAAAACUGCUCAACGCUGAGCCACUGUCCAAGAUGCUUCCUGUCGACGAGUUCCUCCCCAUCAUGUACGACAAACAUCCCAAUGAGGACUACAAGUCCCAUUUCCCCAACAGAAACUUACAAGCCUACAGUACGCGCCCCCUCAUGGUCCAGCCUUGUCACUACGCCGGUGAUCCCCAGUGGGUGAGCGACACGGAGACGUCGACUCUGUGGGACGAUGACAACGUUCGCACCGAUUGGAGGGGUUCCCACAAGACCCUGAAAGGGGCCGUGCCACCAGACAUGCUGUCAGGGUCCUACAGGGAUGAACUUUAGUGCGGUGCAGACGUGGCUGUGGAGAACCUGCAGGUCAAAAGUCCAUGGGGUCAAAGAGACAGAUGCUGAGAGGAGAAAAUGUUCCCAGACUCUAUUUGAGUCCACUCUGUGUCAGGCCACUGACAUGCUCAGUGUCAUUUCAACUGGACUUUUCAAAGCAUGUCAGCGAGUGUGCGGCACAAGAGGAUUUUUUGGGAGGGAAACAUUAUAAGGGACAGUGUUAAUUGAGGCUGUUUGUAAAGAAAAAGAGUUUUAAUACUUGCAUUGAUCCAAACUUUAGAUAUUUUUUAACUUUAUUCGGACAUUUUUUUAAUAUUUUGAGACUUUAUACAGUUUUUAUAGCUGAUUAACAGCAUUUUUGUUUGAAUGUAUGCUUGUGAUGGUGUGCAUGCUUGUGAUAACUGUAUGUUUAUAAUGCUUAUUACACAGCUUGUAAAAGGACCUGAAGAGGCAGCCUUACAAGGACUUUUAUUUGUUAAUCUGUUCAUUCCUGACUGAGGCUCCAGUAGCUGCACUGUUCAUAACUCCUGGCAAGUCUGGACAAAAGUUUGAUCGUGUUAUUGCUUUUGUUUUCCUUGUUGGUUUAUGUGUCUGUCUAUCCAUUUCUCUAUAUGUGCUCAUCUUCCAUCGGGACUGUUGUGAGAUACAGUUGUAUUUAAAGGUUAGCUUAAAUUGGUUAAUUGGUCCAGUAUUAAGUGAGAGCGCUGCAGCCGGUAGCGGCGAAACAGGCACCAUACGUCCAUUAAAAAUGCCUGUGUUAGCCACUGACAGGCUCAGAUUAUUAUUUUAAGUGUCUGACAAUAUUAUGGAACGGAUCCCUACAGAGAUCAC